AUAGGAAUGGUGAUAAAAACAGUGAUGUUUAUAGUGAGACAACAAGUGGCGUGGUGUUCUUGGCACUAACACUUAGUGUUUGGUGUUGGCGUUUUGGGGGUGGCUGACAGACAGCCUCGUCUUCCUCACUACACGCAGCCCAAUUCAUCAGCUUCAUCUAUUUUGUUUCGUUACAGAUUAGACAGCAUGAGCAGAAUGAGUAUCCGAAUAUUCUCCACGUUUGUUAGACCGGUAGCAAGAGUGCGAACGUCAUUCGGGACCGCCCACCAGGGCUUGCGCACUGCUUCUCAGAGCGUAGGCAACAGCCGAGGCACAUUUCUGGCCGCUGGAGCUGGAGUUUUAGCUAUCACUGCGUUGGUAUACCAUUCUACUGCCGAUAAUGCCAUCAAACUAGACGCUGCUUCUCCAGCUGACGCUGAGAAUGGACAGGUCACUGUGAUUUCACCGCAGCCAAUGCGCCUUCGCAUGGAAGAGUACAUCCGUCUCAAGCAAAAGGAAAUCGUGUCUGCCCUGGAAGAAAUAGACGGCACCAAAUUUCGCGUCGACGAAUGGGAUCGUUCCAAUGGUGGCGGUGGUGGUCGAACCUGUGUCUUGCAAGAUGGCAACGUCCUUGAGAAAGCCGGCGUCAACAUUAGCAUCGUCCACGGAAAGCUCAACAAGAAAGCCAUCGAGGAUAUGAAACAAAAUCACGCAAGUCUUUCCCAAGUAGACGAACUGAAUUUUUACGUCCUUGGGCUCAGUAUGGUGCUGCAUCCGAAGAAUCCCAUGGCGCCAACUGUACACAUGAACGUUCGCUACUUUGAAACAACCACCAUGGACGGUAAACUCUACUCAUCCUGGUUCGGCGGCGGCAGUGAUUUAACCCCCAAUUAUUUGUUUGAAGAGGACGCUGUUCACUUUCACAAAACGCUCAAGGACGCCUGCGAUAUCCACGACAGGACCUACUACCCACGUUUCAAGAAAUGGUGUGACGAAUACUUUCAGGUCAAGCAUCGCGGUGAAUCGCGAGGAAUCGGUGGAAUCUUCUUUGACGAUUUGGAUUCAAACGCCGUCGACCCCGAAAAGGGCUUUGCUCUGGUCAAGUCCACCGCAGAUGCCUUCUUGCCAGCUUACCUGCCCAUCUUGACGCGCCGCAAGGAUCUUCCCUUUACACAAGCCGAGGAAGAAUGGAAACAUAUUCGACGGGGGAGAUAUGUAGAGUUUAAUCUCGUACAUGACCGAGGAACGGCGUUUGGGUUGCAUGUACCUGGAUCGAGAGUAGAAAGCAUCUUGAUGACGUUACCUGUUACAUCGCAGUGGACCUAUAUGCAUGAACCAGACAAAGAGAGCCGAGAGGGAGGGCUGAUGGAAGUUUUGAGGUGCCCAAAAGAGUGGGUGUCGUAGUAAAUCCAAAGUGGUAUUAACGCCUGUCCCUAUGCCCAAGGAAAACAUUAUGACACUCCUCCCACUAAUGUACAGUUUAUAUGGUGUCCGUUCUAUUUCCUUUUUCGUGCACCUCUUGCCUUCGAUUUUUUCUUGAUCCCGGAGCUUGUUAAAGCCUUUCUUAUUGUUGUCUUUGCGGAUGGUGUACCCUUGUCAUGGCUGUUUGUUUGCCGUAGUCGUCGUGGCUUUUGCCAAUCGUACCUGGCAGCAUGGAGAAACUUGUCCCGCAUUGUCCACCAGUCAUCAGGCCUCGUGGUUUGUCGCAAGUUAUAUCUAUAACUGCUGAUACCAAGAAAGCGUUUCCAAACCAGCUGAUUCGGAUGUUCCUCAUUCCAGUCAUCCAUGAGCCUAUCGAAUGACCAAAAGUCUUUGGUGCACAGCUCGUAUGUGAAACUGUUUACUUUCCCAUCGAUUCGGAGAUCUCUAUGUGGUACUGUGUUUGCCUGGCUAAGGUCGAUUAGCACACCGUUCAUGUAAUUGCCAGCUCGUAGAUCGUAUAUCACGAUGCCCAAGUUAUUGAUCUUCAACACGUUUCGGCGCAUAGCAGGUAUAUCACGAAAUGAGAACGGCGGUGAAUCAAUCGGUAGCAGAUCCUUCACAAUAGCGUACAAUGGGUCGUGCUUAUUAGUUUCACGCCGAUGGAACACGGUGCCGUAUGGAUCGAGCUCCUCUUCCUGCGCCUUGGGUAUGACGACGUAUCCGUGGCAAGGCAGAGCCAAGCCCUCAUUCCCAGUUUCCUUCAGACGACCAUAUGCGCGACAUUCCGCAUAAAACGGGUGGCUUUCGUAAAUGAGAUCCUGAACAUUGGCCGGUCGCUCCGUCAGAAGCGUGGGGUCCACGAGCUCACGUAUGCGCCAGAAGCAAAACUAACGAGAUGUGUGAGCAGAGUAAACAGAUGGGCAUGCAACGCAGGGUAUUACGUACAAUUUUCAAUGCGUACAUUUUGCCUUCUAUUUGGGCUCGAUACACCGUAGAAUGCAAUCCGCUACCCAGUCGCUCAUAAAUCUCUAUAUGCGCGUUUGCUGUGUCCCGGAACUGGAACGGCGCCAACUUGGGGCCAUGGUACCACGGCAGCGGGCGGUUUGGUGUAUGAUUUGGAUUGGAAGUCAUAAAAGUUAAAAAGAAAGAGAUCUUUCCCACUAGAUAAAUGCCGACACAUGCGGAUUUAAGCUUGUAGUGUUUGCUGAGAUUUGAUGUCGAUAGCCGCCAUUUGAUGAUGUUAGGGGACAAGGUGGGUGAGACGCGUCUCGUCGUGUCGUCUAUACGCCAACUCGAACCUACUAUAGCCAUCCGGCAAUGUCA